AAUCAUAAUCUUGUAACUGCAUCACGUGCUCAUUGAAACAGCAAAACAUCUUCUGACUUUAAAAUCCACUUUCUUCCUUUUUCUAAAGUUUAUUUGACGUCAAAUAUUUCUUCUUCGAUGGUGGCUCAUCUGACAAAUCGGAGCCGAGCCAAUCAGGAGGCUCCCCGAAAUCCAACGUGUGACGUAACCGUGCGCUGAGCCAAUCAGGGCCUCCUCUAAAGUUUGUCCGGAGAGCUAAUAGACAGAACACGUGAUCGUGUUUUAUUAUCUCUCACAAGUUGUUCAGCUCCACAUCUGUGCGCGUCCCGUGCUCGUCUGGACCUGGACCCGGACCCGGAUCCCCUCCCUGCCGGUCUACUCCUUCAUCUCAACUUUUGGGCUUUUCCUCUGAGAUGGACUUUGCCUGUGAGUCCAGAGCGCAGCGGGUCCCGGUUUAGUUCUAGUCGGACCCAGAAGCGGUAAUGUUGGCGGUGGGUCCGAUGGACGGGUCCCGACAGAGCGCCUUCCUCCUCAGCACCCCCCCGCUGGCGGCUCUGCACAGCAUGGCCGAGAUGAAGACCCCGCUGUACCCGGCCUACCCGCUCUCCUCCUCCGGACCCACCUGCUCCACCUCUCCGAACCCGGGCGGCAUGGGCCGGGUCCUCCUCCCCGGGAUCAAGAGCUCCUCGGGUCCGUCCUCGGGGCUCAGUUCCCCGCAGCAGUGCUCUUCCGCGACCCCGCACGUCAACGACAUCCUCAGCCGGCCCCCCGCGGCGCUCCCCGGGGCCGGCGGGCUCCUGUCCGGUCUUCCCCGGUUCGGCAGCCUCAGCCCGCCGCCUCACGGACUUUACUUCGGCCCCGGCGGCGCGGCGGUGGCCGUGGCCCGGUACCCGAAGCCCCUCGCGGACCUGCCUGGCCGGACGCCGAUCUUCUGGCCGGGAGUGAUGCAGAGCCCCCCCCCCUGGAGGGACGCGCGCUUCGCGUGCUCCCCGCAUCAGAACUCCAUCCUCCUGGACAAGGACGGGAAGAGGAAGCACACGCGGCCCACCUUCUCCGGGCAGCAGAUCUUCGCGCUGGAGAAAACCUUCGAGCAGACCAAGUACCUCGCGGGCCCCGAGCGCGCGCGGCUCGCGUACUCCCUGGGAAUGACGGAGAGCCAGGUGAAGGUCUGGUUCCAGAACCGACGGACGAAGUGGAGGAAAAAGCACGCGGCGGAGAUGGCCACGGCGAAGAAGAAGCAGGACUCGGAGACCGAGCGGCUCAAGAGCACUUCGGACAACGAGGACGAGGACGAGGACUACAACAAGCCGCUGGACCCGGACUCCGACGACGAGAAGAUCUCCCAGCUGCUGAAGAAGCACAAACCGGGUCCGGGGCU